CGUUUCUCUGCCGCUGUCAUUGAGAAACAUGGCGGCCUCCACAGACAACGCGAGUGCUGCUGCCGCUUCUGAUGCGUCGAGUCCAAUUUCGGCUGCUUCUGCGGCGAAUGGCCCUGAAAUCCAGUACAGUAUGGUCCUGGAGCACCUUAUUGGGGAGAAGAGGCCCGUGAAGGACCUGAACCCCGCGGUUAUGGGAGGUCUGCCUGUACCCCCCAAGACUGACGAGCAGAAGAUGAUCGAGAGAGGCAUGGAGAGCUGCGCCUUCAAGUCUCUUCUGGCUUGUGUUGGAGGUUUUGUCCUUGGGGGAGCGUUUGGAGUUUUCACGGCAGGUAUCGAUACUAACGUCGGGUUCGACCCAAAAGACCCUCUGAGGACACCAACAGCACGAGAAGUGCUCAAAGACAUGGGGCAGAGGGGCAUGUCCUACGCCAAGAACUUUGCCAUCGUUGGUGCAAUGUUCUCUUGUACUGAGUGCAUCAUCGAGUCACAUAGAGGUGUAUCAGACUGGAAGAAUGCUGUAUACAGUGGAUGUGUAACUGGGGGAGCCAUUGGGUUCAGAGCUGGGCUAAAAGCUGGAGUUCUUGGAUGUGGAGGAUUUGCUGCAUUCUCUGCUGCCAUUGAAUAUUAUUUACGAUGAAGAUUGUGGCAAAAUAGACUAUUAUCAUAUAUCAAGACUUCUGUUGGGAUGUGUUGAGGAGGUAUCUCUGGUCCAUUUCUGUCCAGUCCUGAAAAGACUCAAAAGUGAAGACUUCCCUGGAACCUCAAAGGAAGCACUUGCUCAACAAUGAUCUUUUUGGAUACAUUUGGAAAUUACCUCUUUCUGAUGCUCUAUUUACACUAUGUGACUGUAAAAGACUAUAAGAAUAAGUGCUAUGUGAUUAUUUUUUUUACAUAUUUGUUUUAAAAGUUUUAUGUAUUUUGUGGAUUAUUUGCAGAUCUUUGCGAUGAUGUGCAAAAUAUGUGCAGUAGUGAUGCUUUGCUCAAGAUCUAUAUUUGGCGAAAUGGUAAAAUAUGGAAAAGGAACAGCACACAGUACUCAUGUAAGGCUAUAGUUUAUCUUUGUAUAAAUAUUUUCAGUGUUAAACAUUAAACUAGGCUCCUUCAGAACACUUGGAUUUUGUUUCGGUCCCAACCAUAUGCAGUCUAACAGAUUACCAGCAGAUGGUGCUAUUGUCUCUUUGAAGCAGUUAACUGGAUAGAGAAAGCACUGUUGUAUUAUCUGAAGUCUAAGGUCCCAUUCAGCAAGUUGUUUCAAAGUGAUCCACUGCUUCAUGAGCUCUUGAAUGAACAAUCACUACUGUUAAAGUUAUUGUGUAAAAUUAAGUUGUUUGUAAAUAAACAUUAAUUUAAGAAUGAA